AUGUGGGACGGAUACGGUAGCGACCUUUGCCCCUAUCAUUGCUUCACUGUUACUAUUUCGGCAGUAAGUGCUGCACUGUUAUUGACGUAUAUUUCGUCUACAGUUCGGUUUUAUGUCAAAGUCCUCAUCUACCUCAUGGCUAUCAUAGCUGCGGGUACAAUUGGAGGUAUCAUAAGUAUACCCUUCGGAAGGACGCCACAUAACCAUUAUAGAAUGUUCUCACUCUUCCAAUGGUUCUGUUCGGUUUUACGGCUUCGCUUUGAAUUGAGGAAUAAACAAUUUUUGGAAAGCGAGAAGGCGUUCAUCAUUAUCGCCAACCAUCAAAGUGCUCUCGAUGUCCUCGGAAUGUCGUAUUGUUGGCCGAAGAAUUGUGUAGUGAUGCUCAAAAGUAGUCUCAAAUAUCUACCGGGAUUUAAUCUCUGUGCUUAUAUGUGCAAUGCUGUUUGGGUCAAUCGCUUCAGUAAAGAAAAGGCUCACAAAGCUCUCGACUCGACGUUAGAUGCUAUUAAUACAAACAAUCGAAAAGUGUGGAUCUAUCCCGAAGGAACACGCAAUCCUGGAAAGACAAUGCUUCCAUUCAAAAAAGGAGCAUUUGUUCUGUCUAAGACGGCUAAGGUUCCUAUAGUAUGUUGCGUCUUUUCGUCUCAUAGUUUCUUCUACGAUGCUGCUACGCGACGAUUUGACAGUGGAGAAUGCUUGGUUGAAUUCCUACCACCAAUAGACCCUGCAAACUUCGAAGGUGUUGAGGAGCUGAGCGAUCACUGUCGUACUUUGAUGAUGGCCAAACAUGAUGAACUUAACAAGGAACUGAGGAGUAGAUAUUGUUAG